AUGAAGGUCUCGAGUGCGUUUGUCGAUCUACCUCCCCCCGACAUCAAUCCCGAAGGGCCGACUGAGCUCUUCGAAGAGGAUGUCAUUGUCAAGGAUAUCCCGCUCGGAAUGACCGAGGCUGAUGAGCCCGGCAUUCUGUUUACGAAUGAAGAUGAGGAAGGGCGCCAGUCCAAGAGACCAAAGGUGCACCUUUCCCUUUCUCCUUUAUCUCGUCCGUCAAUGGGUGCCCAGAACCAGCCCCAAUCCCAGGUUGAGCCCGUUGCCCAGCCUGACGUUCUGACCACCAUCACCUCAGGUGCACCUGAGGUGAUGGCUUCCUCGGCCAUCGAGCCUGCUGUCUCCGCUUCUCUCAUUGAGAAGUCAGUCCAGGCACAGACCCAGUCCAGUGCCCAGUCUGGCACCUUCACCACCACCCCGGACUCCCUUCAGUUGCAGACUGAGUCUGGAAUCCAGCCUGGUCCAGUGCGUACCACCCAGGAUCAAAACGAACUCGGCAGCCAGCCGGUAGCCGCACCUGCCCCGGCCCCACAGACCAGUGAGGCUGCGACCAAGGGCCGCAAGAAGGCCGCUCCCCGCAAACCCGCCAAGACCAAGGGGGCACGGUCGCGUGCCGGCAACGACGAGGACGUCAUCAAAGCUGGACCAGACUCUGAGACGGAGGAGGAAGAGGCGAGUGCUGCCCCAGCCGAAUCUCGAACGACCAGAUCCGGCCGAGUGACCAACCGACCCGCCGCGUAUGGCUCGGUCGAUGCUGUAGCCAACAAAGAGGCCGCCCCGACUUCCAAGACCUCUCGCAAGCGCAAGAGAGUCUACCGCAAGAAGGACGCCAACAUUGUGUGCGCCCGCUGCCAGAGGGGAAACAGCCCAUCGACCAAUGCCAUUGUCUUCUGUGAUGGGUGCAAUGCCGCGUGGCAUCAGAAGUGCCAUGAUCCGCCGAUUGACAACGAGGUCAUUCGGGUGAAAGAGAUGGAAUGGUACUGCCACGAGUGCAAACCCACACAGAAGCCGGCGGACGAGCAGAACAGGCCUCUCGCCAAGCCCCGCAAGACGCAGAAGCGGUCCCAGUUCAUGCAUCCUCGCCAGAAGGUACCCCAGCUGGAGCUGGGUGGAGAUCAAUUCACUGCGGACGAGCGGCGAGCCUACCUGUCGGCCCUUUCUCACGCCUCACUGGUAGAGCUUCUUGUCAACGUCUCCAGCCGCAAUCCGUCUGUGCCUAUGUUCCCUGCCAACAUGCAUGAACUCCCGGCUUCUGCCUUCCCAGCCCCGAUGAGCCAACCGGCCAAUGAUGCUGUCCCCAGCACCGCGCCCAAGAUUAAGUUGAAGAAGAGAAGUCGCACGACUGCUGCAUUGGAAGAGGACCCGGCCGUUGAAAAUGACCCUGAAGCCGACACUCGCCCCCGCAAGCGAACUCGCGCGGUUUCGGCCCCAGUGAAGCCCUCUGCCGCGAAGGCCGCUGCCACCAAGGGCAAGCCGAAAGCGAAGGGUCGGUCUCGCACCGCCCCUGUUCGUCAAGCAUCUGAGGCUCGUUCGACUGCGGAUCAGUCUACCUCUGAGAGCACUGUUACCCGAACUCGAGACAGAUCCCCGACGCCUUUCCCAUCUGUUGCUGAACGGGCGGAAUCCGAGGCAGCGGAAAGGGAGGAGGAAGACGAGGAAUACUAUGUUGAAGACCACCGUGUCUACCCACGGGCUGGCAAUGGCUUCUGUCCCCCAUCCGACGACCUUGACAUCCUUCGAGAGGAUCCCGACUGCAGCACGUUCAGCCACGCCUUGCACGGACCGGCCAAAAGAGGGAAGGUGACCAAGCCGACCAAAGUUACCAAGACGACCGAAAAGGGGACUCAACGGAAGAGAAAUUAA